CUCUCUCUCUCUCUCUCUCUCUCGAUUCACUAUAUCUUCCUUGAAAAUUUCACUAUAUAAGAAGGGACGGUUGAUUUGAUUCACGGUGCAUCUCAAUGUCUGUAAUUUUCUUGAGUUGUUUCUAGGGUUUUACAGAAAAUCAGCUGAUACAACGAGAGAUGAUGGAUGCCAGAAGGCCUCAUUUUAUCAAGGGUUUUAACCCUAACAUAAGCUUCGAUAAACUGAAAAUACCUUCAAAAUUUGGGAAACAUUUGGAAGGGAAAACAUGUGGAACAGUUUCAUUGAUGGGUCCCAGUGGGAACACAUGGCAUGCUGACUUGGCACAGCAAAGUGAUGGUUUGUUUAUCUUGGAUGGAUGGGCAGCUUUUGUGAGAGAUCACUUCUUAGAAAAUGGCGACUCUUUAGUUUUCAGAUAUGAUGCCGAAUGCCAUCAAGAUUUAAGCAUCUUUGAUCAACAUUUUGGAAAAAAAAGAGAAAGGGAAUAUGCAUCUUUGUUGUCAAAUAUGGUUGAUGGAGUCCCAAAGAAACCAAGAAGCUCUCAAUCACACAAUGAACCUACAAACAUAUCUGAACAAGAAACCAUGGAUGGAGUUGCAGACUUUUUGAAUGGUUCAGAGUUUUGUGGAAGUGGUUUAAAGAAUUCCAUCACUCCUGCUUUACCUGUGUCAGCUGUACGCCCUAACGAAGAAGAGUUAGGAAGAAUAUCAGCUUCAGAAGCAGAAAAGAUAGCUCAAACUUUCAAUUCAAGUUUCCCUCAUUUUUCCCAAGUCAUGAAAAGAUUCAACAUAAGUGGUUCAUAUACUUUGAAUGUUCCAUAUCAGUUUGCUAUGGCGUAUCUUCCAAAUUGUAAAGUAAAGAUUGUUCUUCAAAACUUAAAAGGAGAAUCAUGGAUUGUUAAUUCAAUCCCAACCACAAGAGUCCAAACUUCACAUACAUUCUGUGGUGGGUGGUUGCGUUUUGUUCGUGGGAACAACAUAAAUGUGAGAGAUGUGUGCAUAUUUGAGCUUGUGGGAAACUGUGAAAUGCGUGUAAAUAUUCUUAGAGUUAGACAAGAAGCAAUAGAUCAUGAACAACAACAACAACAUGGUAGUAGUGAUGUUAAGGCAUUGACUCAUAAAACUUCCGGAAAGUCGGGAAAGAAAGUUAAAGGAAAAUCACGCAAAACACAGAAGCUUUCCAUGAUGGAAAGUCAGAAGGUUGCUUUCUCCAUUGAAAAGGUCAAACUUGGUAUUGCUGCUAAAGGGUCUGUUGUUGGGUCCCAAUCGAAAAGCACAACAAAUGGAAAACCAGGGAAAGAGAGAGGGUUACAAGAAAAAAGGGGAUCUUCAAUGACAGGGUGUAUGUCAAUGAAGUCAGCUCCUGAAGAAAAAAUGGCUGCUGAAUCUUUUGUUUCUAGUUUUCCUUAUUUUGUUAGAGUCAUGAAGAAGUUCAAUGUCAGUGGAUCAUACACUCUGAAAGUUCCGUAUCAGUUUUCAAUGGAACAUCUGCCUAGCUGCAGAACAGAGAUAGUUCUUCAGAAUAUGAAAGGGGAAUGCUGGACAGUGAAUUCAAUUCCAACUCUUAAAGUGGAGACAAUGCAUACACUGCAUACGUUUUGUGGAGGAUGGAUGGGAUUUGUACGUGAUAAUGGGAUUCAAAUGGGAGAUAUUUGUAUUUUUGAGCUUGUUGGAAGCUGUGAAAUGCUUAGGCACUUAGUUCAUAAUCAGGUUGGAGUUUUUUUUUUUUUUUUAAUGGAGAUGUUGCUGAUCUAUCGGAGCUGAUGUGAGUGUGAUUGAUGUCCGUAUAUAAUGUGGAAGUUAAAUUAGGAAGACUUAUCUCAUGAUGUAUGGGCAUCAUAUCAUAUAUGUUUUGUGUCUUUUUGUAUGAGGGUUGGUGACGGAGAACAUUUAUGGUUAUAUUAGUCAUGAAAUUGCUUCAUGUAAACCUGGAUUUUGUAUAUAAAUGGUAAUCUUUAGUUUACUUUGCUUGUUCAUUUGGAAAUAAAGAAAAUUGAGUUAGUGACACCUAUGCUUUCAUUUUACAUAAACAUCUCUGUAUUUUAUACAUGGGUUUUUGACACUGUAG